AUUAGAUAGUUUUUGUCAUAUAGUUAGCAACAUGGCUCAGUUGCCGCUAAAGCUGAAAGCGAUUCAACCUUUCCUAAAGGUCGCGAAUGACAUGCGAAAAAAGGAUCCAGUUACUGCAUAUUACUGUGAUAUGCAUGCCAUGCAAACAGGGAUGAAAAUUGAUUCAAAAUCGCCCGAAUGCAAAAGUUAUUUGAUCCAAUUAAUGACAUCGCUUGAAAAACAAAAAGCUGUUUUAUCAGUCGACCCUGAAAGAAAAGAGCAAGUUUCUUCAGAGGUUGUUGGUGAAGCUCUAAUUGAGGAACAGGCAAUGAAGCUAUUCAGUGUUGCAGACGCGAAAGAUCGGAAUUCUGAUUUUGGAAAAAACGUCGUACGACUAUUCUACACGUCGUCUGUUCUAUUUGACGUUGCGGAAGGACUUUGUGAAGAAUUAGGUGAGGAGGCGAGCCAUCAUAGGAAAUAUGCUCGUUGGAAGGCCACUUACAUUCAUAAUUGUUUGAAAAACGGGGAAACACCACAACCUGGACCAGUGGGGGGGCUCGAUGACAGCUGGGAGGAUGAGCUAGAAAAUGCUGCUGCUGGUCCCAGCACAAGCCACCAGGAGUCGUAUGCACCACCACCGGUACCAACAGCAGGCCCAGCCCAACCGCCAGCUGAGCCUCCUAAACCAGUAGCGCGCAGUAAGCCUGUUGAGCCCGCACCUUCAUCCUAUGAAGACCCCACCCCUUCGUACUCCGACCUUCAAACAGGGGGAGCGGAAUUGACCCCCAUGCAAUUCAACCAGGCACAGAAACUUUGCAAAUAUGCAACAAGUGCUAUUAUGUAUCAAGAUAUUCCUACUGCUGUCGACAAUCUUGAAAAAUGCAUCAGACUUCUAAAAACCGGGAAAGAGUAAUGUCAUAAAAAUUGUAAAACUCAUUGCAUCAUGUAUUAAUAUUCAAAAAAUACUUGAAAGACGAAAUAGUAUGAACUGUGUACUGCAUUAUGUAUUAAUUAUCGAAAAAAGGUGAAAAACUUCAAAUAGCAUGCACAAUAAUUUUAGCCAAUUUUGUAGCUAAUAGUGCAACAAUUUGAGACUGUAAACUGUGCAGAAAAUAGGUCUUUAAACCAGGUGUGGGUGGAACAAAUUUUACAUUUUACAUCUGAAAAUGAAAGAAAUUUUAUGAAUAAAAUGUUUUCGUUUUUUUUUCAAAUAUUUUGAUGCUAUUUUUCAAAACAAUAAAAAUUGGAGAAAAAGCUUGGAAAGUUGGAAAUCUCUUUCUCUAAUGGCUUCUAAUCGCAUUUGAAAUUGUGUUGUUACUAUCUAAGAUCCACAUUAUGUUGAUAAUAUUUUUGUUUUUAAAUCAUACUAUAUUUGCAGUGCACAAGAAGCCUGUAAUUCAAAUACAAUCUAUCAUGAAUACUUAGCGUAAUAAAAAUAUUUCUAUUGCAUACCAAUAAUUCUAAUAUUAUUUUAUAUAUGUAUGACAAUUUUUUAUCAAUUUUGCUCAUUCGGAGCUAGAAAUCGGACAUCACUGGUUAAAAAUUACUUUGUAAGAGAUAAAUAUGGUGGAUACUGGAUGAGCGACACUAACCGUAAUUGAAAAUAAUUUAGAACAGGGGUGCACCAUAUAACCAACUUCAGACAUCUGACCAGGCCACACAAAAAAGUUUUUCUAUGUACACAACUAAUUUAAAAAAAUUCUCACAAUGCAAACAUUUAUUUAUUGGACACGUUUAGUGGACAUAAUGAUCGUUUUGUUGUAAUGGUGUUCUUGUUAUUCUUUGACACUUUUUGGACACCUAGUGGAAAUAUUAAAAAAACGCUUUCCUCUUCGAUCACUGGACCAAUUGCUUUGAAAUUUUUAGUGGUUAAAGAUGAAAUUUUUCUCCAGAAGGCUA